GGGAAUGCGAAAUGCAUGCAGCAGGCUUUGUAGAGAUGACAACCUGAAAGCCAGUGCUGAACUGUGUUGUGGAGACUAAAGGGGACGCCUUUUCGGUUAUUACUGAAGUUACACCAUCGCCUCUAAGGUGAAAAUCCACUGCUUUGGAGGAAUAAUGAACUGCAGGAGCGCAUGCUGUAACCACUGGUCUUCUGAGGAGAGAUUAGAUGGGAAAACAGUGAUCAUCACUGGAGCCAACACUGGCAUCGGCAAGGAAACAGCCAGAGAUCUUGCAAAAAGAGGUGCACGCAUCAUUAUGGCAUGCAGAGACGUGGAGAGGGCGGAGGAUGCACGUACCGACAUUUUGGAGGACACAGGAAAUGAGAACAUCAUUAUCAGGAAACUGGAUCUGUCUGAUAAAAAGUCCAUCAGAGCGUUCGCUCAGCUCAUAAACAAAGAAGAGCAGCAAGUGAAUAUCCUGAUAAACAAUGCAGGCAUUAUGAUGUGCCCUUAUUCUAAGACAGUCGAUGGCUUUGAAAUGCAGUUGGGAGUCAAUCAUCUGGGUCACGUUCUCUUGACCUUCUUGCUGCUUGACCUCAUCAAACGUUCAGCUCCUGCACGCAUCGUCAUUGUGGCCUCGGUGGCCCACACUUGGACUGGGCUACGACUCGAUGACAUUAACAGUGAAAGGAGUUAUGAUGCUAUGAAGGCUUAUGGGCAAAGCAAACUGGCUAAUGUCCUGUUUGCACGCUCUCUUGCCAAGCGGCUACAAGGAACUGGUGUCAGUGUUUUUUCUCUGCACCCUGGUGUGGUCCAGUCCGACCUGUGGCGGCACCAGCACCAAUGCAUACAAAUAGCAGUGAAGAUCUUUAGGAUCUUUACCAAGACAACAGUGGAGGGAGCUCAAACCACUAUCUUUUGCGCUGUGGAACCAGGCCUGGAGAGCCUGAGUGGAACCUAUUUCAGUGACUGUGCACCUGCGCGUUGCUCAAGGGCUGCUGCUGAUGACGACUUGGCCCAGAGGCUGUGGGAGAUGAGCUGCAACAUGCUCGACAUCACCUGGGAGUGAAAAGCAGCAAAUUAACUAAAAGCUGUGUGUUUCUUGUUUUUUUUUUAAAGCACUGUUAUGCACUUUUAUCCAAUAUUAGGCCCGUUUUGUACAAAUGAUGGAUUUAGUGAGUGAAUUUCAGUGAAAAGCAAGGAAGACAGCUUCAAAUUCUACUUUAUUUUAUAUAGAAAAAAAUCAUAUGUUGAAAUUUAACAGCAUAUAGUCUACUGUAUUAUGUUUAUUUGAAUGGAAAAGCUUUUAGGAAUUACAGAUAAAUUGAUGUAGAAAGUAUUUAUAUAUCGUCUAUCUUGUUCAAAAAGGGUUCUUUUAAUGAGAUUAAGCUAACCAGUUUGUACAUUUUAUUGCUUUGAAUUUUACAAGUUCAUUAUCCGACUCCUAUAUUGUGCCGCCUACGGUGCUACAUGUUUGGAAAUAUUAGCUUUCAAAGGAGAUUUCAUACUUUAGUAUGGCGAUUAGAGGAAAACGACUGCAAUGUAAAAGGUUACUUAUAAUAUAUUGUUACACUAGUGAAGCAACAGAUGUUUACAACAGUAGUCUUAAUUCUAAGGGAUCUCAACACUUGGAAGACAAAGAACAGCUCUGGAUAAGUUGUUACCCUGAGUGAAAAGAGAACAUUUUAAAAAUCUUGCUUUUGUUUUAUCUUUCCUUUUCCUAAAAACUCUUUCUACAUUUAUUGAUCAACAAAAGUCAGAUCCCUGUGUGUUUUUUGUAACUGCUUAUUGCAUCGUUAGAGUCAUACACUCUGCAAACACUCUUCAAAUGCCUUUUUUCUCUAAUAUACAGUAUAUGAAGGAAAAAUAAAAUCUGUGAAAUGGCUAGACUGAGGUGAUGGGUUGCAACACAAUAAAGAUCAAACAUACCUACAUGUGAUCUUUCAGAGUGAUGUGAAACAUGCUAUAAAACAGCAGGGCAUCUUGUAAAUAAUAAACUUUUUAAAGCAGCAAA